AAGACAAAUGGAGAAGAAUCACUGAACUCAUUUAAUGGUUGGUUAACAUUAUGAACUAGUAGCUCAGCUAUAGGCCAAUUAUCCAUAAGUCGAAUAAUAUGUUGUGGGCUAGGGUGGUCUUUAUCUUUCUUUUAAAACGUUGAAAUGAGCAUUAAAGAAAGUGAAACCAACUCUCACUGUAUGAGCCUUGCUGAAGGUGCAUGAGUAGAAGACGAAAACCGUCUUAAUGUGGACUGCUUGUCUUCAGUUUUACCCUCCUGUCCGACAGGUGGCGGUACUGAACUUGUAGGCUGGUUUGCUAAUCCCUGAUAAAGAACAACAAUAACAAUUUAACGCAGUGACAAAACUGACUACCUAUUGCGCAAUUUCUUGCUAAUUGACAACCGUGUUUCACACAGAUGAAAGCUUGUGAAGAGUUGUAACUAGCCGUUACAUUGAACGACUGACGUUAACUAGCAAGUGUAACGCUGAAGCUAACAGAGGCUCAGCAGACUGUGCUUAUUUGAUGUCAUUUGGACUUGAAGCAUCAUCAAUUACGUUCAGAGAGGAAUCUUCACUCUUUUUUUUUCUUUUUUGUUUUUUGGUGAUGGAGUCAUCUGACAGUCAGGGGAAACUCAAUCACAUGGUGGGGACUGUGGAGCCAAAUGAUGUUCCUGCUGCUGAAGGCGCCACCGGACAGAAAGACACAUCACCUGUAGACAUGCUGAGAAUAAAGCAACAGAUGUCCAACCAGUGCUUUGAGAUGGCAGUACAGCUCAACGCAGAAAAAAAUAAAAGGUCGUGCAGCACAUCUGAAGCAGAGAGAGACUUGCCAGAAUAUAUCAGUGAGCUUGAAAGGGUGAAGACGCUUCAUUUUAACAGCACACUGACCCUGCACAGAAUGCAGAUGUGGCACGCUAUCGGAGAAAAGCUGAACUGGAGUGACUCUGAAGCAGACGCCCUGAAAGCCAUAAGUGACCGCUGCAUGGGUCUUUGUUCACACAUAAAACACCUUCAACAGGAGUCCAAAAAACUUCAAGAUGAGAUUACAGAAAUACAGAAGAACAGACUUGAGAUGAAACGGGUCACGCAUGAGAAGAUCAAACACAUGGAGGAGUUUUCAAAGAAAGAGUAUCCAGACAUGGAAAAGUACAAAGCUGCGUUGGAGAAAGGCCAAGCAAACCUGGAGAAAUAUAAAAAGAUGGCCAUCAUGACACAAAAUGUCCUCAGGGGCAUCCUCUUGGCCUGUAAAGUCAACUGGCUUGAUGAUCCCAAACUUCGAGACAUCGCCAUGACACUCGAGGAGUUUCCCAUCUCUGAGUAAAGAUGGAGGUCGUGUGUGUGUGUGUGUGUGUGUGUGUGUGUGUGUGUGUGUGUGUGCGUGUGCGUGUGCGUGUGUGUUAAACAAACUGUUUCAAAAACAGUUUUAUUUUCAUCUUGAAAAAGUAAAAGCAAUGCCGCCAGAUCGCCACCAGAGGGCGCGGAGGAAGCGAGCCAACAGAUGAAAUCUGCAGCUCAGCGUGUCACUGAAGAAGAGAAGGAGCAGCACAGAGGAAGGACUACACGUGUUUACAAAGUCCAGCCAGCCUUACUCUGGAUAAUUACUUAUUUGGAUUUUUGUAGCUCUUUAAGUGGGACAAAAUAAAGUAAAAUGCCGAAGGUCAAAGCGGAGAAGAAAAGCAGACAGCACCAAGAGGUCAAAAACCAAGGUACGUUUCUCAACGGGGUGCGUUAGCAUUAGCAUGUUAGCAUGCCGGACAUCAUCGUGUCUGUGCAGUGUUUGCAGAGCUCGUGUAUCGCUGUUUUAACAGUCACAGCAUGUAACACGAACCACUGCUGUGACUGUCGUCACUUGUGUUGACGUGGAAACGUUUCAGUGACUCCAACCCACCAGCUACUUCAAUGAAAAGGUUUCUUUUGAACGUUUCUUUUCCUGCAAACUGUUCAUUUGUGCUAACUGCGAUAUUUAAACCAGCUGCUUCCUCUGUCAUUUUCUGUAUACACUGUUUAGGAGGUGAACAAAUGACAUAAACAAAUUUGUUUACGGCUAAUCAAGAUCAGAGAAACAUAACUGACUGUAACAGUUCUAAAAUGUAGAUUUAUUACUACUGUUUUGCAAUAUUAUGAAUGUAAAUAUUCCCCAAAGAGGCUUAUGUAUGAAGAAAUGUUGAAAGUCAUUCCUGAUAUGUAAAUAAAUGUCUUUUGUCAUUAUGUUAAAA